AUGGUGCGUCUUCCGCUGGCUGGCCCUCUUCCACCUCUUGAGCACACGCGAAAGUCCGCCGAGCGACUUCUCACAGCAAUGGAGCGACGCCGUUCCAAAGACGUCAACUUCAACCAGCUCUAUCGUGACUUCAUGGAGGAGUACACGGACCUGCAACACAUGACCUUGGUCAAAACAUCGCUUAUCAACAAUUCCGUGUGCUACUUACCGCAUCACGGUGUGCUCCGGACUUCCAGCACGACCACCAAGUUGAGAAUUGUCUUCAACGGAUCCCAAUGCACGCCUGCCGGAGACUCGCUCAACAACACUCUACUGGUCGAAGCCAACCUUCUGCCAACUCUCGCUGACGUCCUUCUUCGUUGGCGUUGGCACCGCUUCGUCUUCAUCGCUGACAUCGAGAAGAUGUACUGGCAGAUCCUCAUACAUCCCGACGAUCGAGACCUGCAGCGGAUCCUUUGGAGACGACAACGCACUGAUGACGUCCAGGAGUAUCGACUCAACACGGUGACAUAUGGAUUGGCCUGUGCACCGUUCCUGGCGAUCAGGACUCUCCGUCAAUUGGCCGACGAUGAAGAGUCGACAAACCCCAAGGGAGCAGUCGCCUUGCGGCGCGACUGCUACGUCGACGACAUCGUCACAGGCGCCAGCACUCUGUCCGAAGCAGUCGAAAUUCAAGGGCAGUUGCGCCGGCUCUGCAUGGCGGGCGGGUUCCCCUUGAGGAAGUGA